AUGUCAUUUUCUCAAAGAGGUAGAGGUACAAGAGGAGGAAGAGGAGAAGAGGAGGAGGAGGAAGAGGUAAACCAGCAGCAUCUAAAAGGAUUUGCACCUUUUAUUGUCACUGUCGGUGGCAGAGGUCAAGACAACAAGAAUAAGACGACAGCUGCUGAUGCGGCGGCUGCUGAUGAUGCUGCAGGUGGCCUAAAGUUUGAACCAAUUGAUGAAAUACAAUUCACAAGAAUAUUUAAAAAUUUAAAUGAAAUGUCUAGUUAUCAUCCGGCCUAUCCACUCUAUAGCAAGACACCACCAAUAUCAACUCUACCAAUGCAACCUAGACUACAACAAGUAUCUCAAUCAACUAUGAUCAAGCAACCUGUUGAUGGUGGAAGUGAACUUACAACUAGUAUUGGAGCUAUUGUUGGAGCAUUCACAGCUAGCUGUUACACAUCGAUAUUUAUAUUUGGUGGUAAACAUACACCUCAACGAAUCAUUAAAGCAAAGGUACAUCCAGACAUUGGUUUGAGAAACUUUCAAGAAAUGCCAACCUCGUUAUUGCACCCUCGAUACAAAUCAUCAUGUUUACAACCAGAUCCAGAACCUAGAUUUAUCUAUUUCGUAGGUGGAAAGAAUGCACAAGGUAAUGCAAUGGCACACUGUGAAAGAUAUGAUAUUGAAUUGGCACAUGUCAUCAAGAUUGCCAGUCUCAACGUACCACGUCACUCUGCUGGUAUUGCGUAUGACCAUUCUUCACAGUUGAUCAUAGUUGCCGGUGGUGUUGGUAUAGACGGCAAGGAAUUAGACAGUAUUGAAGUAUACGACAAAAUAAUGGAUCAUUGGUUCCUCCUAGAUAAUAUUAAACUAUCAGUUCCCAAAAGAAAUAUACAUAUUAUAAAUGAUGAACAAUCAGAUAAAAUAUUUAUUUAUGGUGGUAAAUCAAAAUCUUCCAAUAUCAUUACAACAACAUCAACAACGAAUAGUAAAAAUGAUCAAUUUGAAAAGAAUGGAAUUAUGUAUUAUACUCAAGUUGAAACUAUCAAUUUAUUAUCUUUAGAAAAGGAAGAUAACAACACCAACACAACCACAACCAAUAAUAAUGAUAACUAUACUAAAAUCAAAGGGUAUGGUGUAAUAGUAUCAAUUGAUUUUAGUCAAUGUGUGAUUGCCUCGUCCAACAAGAUAGCUUAUUUUAUCGGUGGUCGAAAUAUAAGUACUGGACAACCAUCUGGUAACAUUUAUAAACUCCAUUAUACAGAAGAUCCUUAUACUCUAUCCAAUCAUUUUAAUCAAUUAUCUCAACCAAGAUUCAAUCAAUCUUGUAAUAUUAUCAAUUUAUAA